UGGCCCGGUACCACGGCGGCGGAUCUCCCUCUCUGCCUGCGCGACGGUGAAGGUUCAGGAACGGAGAGAGAUCGGCGGCCGGCACAUCAUGUCGGCAAUCCGCGCCGCUUAUCAGGACGAUGGUGCCCAGUAUUACCCUUACAACACACGAUUGGAGACCUGGGAGGAUCCCACUCCUGGAUCGUCGACGUCAACACAAACUCUUGAAGAAAUGACCGCUGCCUGCAUAGCAGCCACCAGGCUUAGGAAUAGCCUCCGGCCCAAGAGUCCAACCCGUGCGGAUCUGUGGAGACGCAAGCAAGAGCGUGAACGCAAGACCUUGGUUUCGGCGCUCAACGCCUACGCCAAGCAAAACAAUAUGCAGCCAGAUGAGCUGGAGUUUGUGGAAGUGAAAGGGAGGACUCAAAUUCUGGAACGCUCAACAGAAUAUCUGCACUUUAACUUUCUAGUGAAACAAAUGGAUGGCAUAUCAAAGUUAUUUUUUGCUGAGAUAAAUGCCUACUGUAGGGGGGAGAAGGAUGUUUAUCUAUGCACCCCUUUGGAACAGAGUGACUAUGGCCCUUGUUUCGGGUGCAGAGAUAGAGACCUUAAGCACCCCACUAGUGGUGCGUAUUUGGCCGGUCGCACGUAUCCACAUUACUGCUGCGAGGAGAUUGACAGUGAUGAUGAUGAUUAUAUGUAAAUUAUUGUGUCCUGAUCACUCUGAGUGGGAAGUCUGCAACGAAGGGCUAUGUACUGUUCCAGUUUUGGAAAAAGAGACACAAACUCU